GCGCACCGCCUCCCUUCCCCUGCCCCGCGGCCUUCCCCGGAGGGCGGAGGCCGCUCUCCCACAAGCCCCCGCGCACCACUCGGUUCCUCUCGCGUACCGUGUGUGAGUGUGUGUGUGCCCCGGUGCGCAGCCAUGAGGGCGCGGAGUCACCGCCGCCGUGCCUGAGGGGGCCGGGGCGGCCGGGCCCUGCCCCGCCCUGCGGAGCAGGGAACGGCGCCCGGCGCCGGGCAUGCGGGCGGUGGUAGCGGGCCGGGAGGUGGGAUGCUGUCGCGGAAGAAGACGCGAACGGAGCUCUCCAAACCGGGCGAGGUACAGGGCAAGUACGUGAAGAAGGAGACCAGCCCUCUGCUGCGCAAUCUGAUGCCUUCAUUUAUCCGUCAUGGUCCAACCAUUCCAAGACGAACUGAUGUCUGUCCUCCUGACUCAACAACUUCUGCAUAUGCUUCUGGUGGAGAUGGAAUUGUUUCCAGAAACCAGAGUUUCCUUCGAACUCCAGUGCAGAGGCCGCCUCAUGAAAUAAUGAGACGUGAAAGCAACAGAUUGUCUGCACCUUCCUAUCUUGCAAGAAGUUUAGCUGAUGUCCCCAGGGAAUAUGGCUCUUCCUCACAGUCCUUUUUAACAGAAGCUAAUUCUGUUUUGGAAAAUGGAGGUGCUGGUGCCCAUUGUUACUAUUAUGAUCAUUUUUAUGAUGCCCAGAGGAGGCGUCAUUUAAACGAUCGCGUACAUGAGGACUACAGGUAUUAUGAACACAACAGCGAUCUCUUCCAGAGGAUGUCACAGAAUCAUGGGAGGCACACUUCGGGCAUUGGUAGAGUUGCUGCUACAUCUCUAGGAAACUUAACAAAUCGUAGUUCUGAAGAUUUACCUCUUCCUCCUGGCUGGUCAGUGGACUGGACUAUUAGAGGAAGGAAAUACUAUAUAGAUCAUAACACUAAUACAACCCACUGGAGCCACCCACUUGAGCGUGAGGGACUGCCUCCAGGAUGGGAGAGGGUUGAGUCAGCAGAAUUUGGAGUUUAUUAUGUAGAUCACAUCAAUAAAAGAGCUCAAUAUAAACAUCCUUGUGCUCCCAGCGUUCCACGUUACGACCAGCCUCCCCCAGUGACUUAUCAACCGCAGCAAGUGGAGAGAAGCCAGCCCCUCCUCGUCCCUGCAAACCCUUACCACACUGCGGAGAUUCCAGACUGGCUGCAGGUCUAUGCCAGAGCUCCUGUAAAAUACGACCACAUUCUGAAGUGGGAGCUCUUCCAGCUGGCGGACCUGGACACGUACCAGGGAAUGCUGAAGCUGCUGUUCAUGAAAGAACUGGAACGUAUCGUGAAGCUGUACGAAGCAUACAGGCAGGCGCUCCUCACCGAGCUGGAGCACCGCAAGCAGAGGCAGCAGUGGUAUGCCCAGCAGCACGGCAAGAAUUUUUAAGCAAACAACUCUUUUUUUAAAAUAGACUUUUCUGAGGACACAAAGAGCUUUAAAAGGUUUUCACACUUAAAACUAUGAAAAAGUGCUUUUGUUGAAAAGGCAGCUUAUUUUUGUUGAUGUUGUUGCACCUUUGUUAUUAUCCUCUUGAAUAAUUUUCUACAUGUACUAUCUAUUGUUUAUAAAAAUGACAAAUGUUUGUUAAUCUUUUUUCCAUACAAGAAGUAGUUUAUUAUUCUGAAAACCAGCGCGGAGUUUAAUCAGACACUUGAUUCUGAUAUCUUUUUCUAGCAGCCGGCUGCAUUAUUAAGAAGCUGACUGUCUACUUUUAAAGGGCAAUAGAUGCAACUACAUGAAAUGUCCUGGAUUCAAAACGUUGUUAUAAUCCCAGUGAUUAUUUCCGGGUAUUUCCCUUGGGAUGACGUAUCCUUCUCCCUCGAGAGCUCUGCUCUUUGUUUACAGCUAUAACAGACAGAACACAGACCCUGUUCCCUUUCACUAAGGCCCAGUGCUGUAACCAGGCGAAACAGAGCACGAAAGCAAAGUCCGAGUUGCCUUAUUUUUUACUUCAACACAUUACUACUUUAGAUUUACUACUAGUUUUCACAGAGAUUAGAGGUGGAAUGCCUUCCUGAAGACCAGGCUCUCUAAGCAAACUGGUCCCUGUUUUUUAAAUCCAAGCUAAACUCUGUUUUGUGAAAUGUGACCCAGUCACAUGGGAAUGUAACGGCACUGCCUGACCAGCUGUGCUACACCGUGACACAAAAUCAUUUUUAAACGAGCUUUAGUCUUGUAGUAACACUUCCUUACUUGGGGAAAAUUUUUAAUUGUACAGUCAGCCUCUCCAGUAUUUUCAUUCGGUUCAUUGAUUGUCCUGAAAUGUUAUUUAUGGAUUCUUUUCAGUGCAAUAAACAUUGUGCAGACAAAAAAA